AUGGCCACGGCGUUGAUAACCUCACUUAUUCCGUCGUUGGACGAAGUGAUCUUGGACUACCUGGAAGGAUACCUUGACGAGGACGAAGACCCAGUUGCAACAUUUGUCAGACCACUGUUGGAAUGCGAAGGGAUCAAGGAGAAUCAAAUAAACGAUGUAUGCAAUCGACUCGAUCAGAUGCUGGCAAACAAGCGUGAACUUCAGAAGAGUGAUCAGGAUGGACCCAAAACUUUGGAUCAGGCUGUUCACAUGCGCUCCCAGGCGGCGAUGUCGAAGACAGGAUUGAUGGGUGGAGCAAUUGAUAUUGAAAGCACAGUCAAAGCCCGGGAUUCACGAGUUGAUGUGACCAAGCUAGCAAAAGCUGAAGCGAAAUUGAAGGCUAAACGGGAAAAGAAAAAAGAUAAAUUUGUGGAAUUCGAAGAGAGUCGACUGGUUAAAGCCCGGGAAGCCCAGAAAAGCUACGAAGAGUUAUUUUUGGAAGUCAAUCCUCUUAAUGCUGCCGCGCUCGCCAAAGGAAAAACCAAAGAUAUCCAUGUGGAUAACAUUGAGCUGAAUUUCGGAUCCAACAAAAUCCUUUCUGGCGCCAAGUUGGACCUUGCUUAUGGCAGGCGUUACGGUCUCAUUGGGCGAAACGGUGUGGGGAAGUCGACCCUACUCCGCAAUAUGGCCCUCAGAGAAGUUGCUAUACCAUCUCACAUCACUAUUUUAUACGUCGAACAAGAAGUUGUAGGGGAUGAAACUCGGGCGAUUGACUCGGUGUUGAAGGCCGAUGUAUGGAGAGAUCGUCUGUUAGCAGAGGAGGCCGAACUGAAUGCUUUAUUAUCCGCACCGGAUGCGCACGGCAACUCCGAUACUGCCGAAGCCCGAGCAGCAGUUCGAGAUCGAGAGCUUGCCACCAUCCGACUCGGGGAGGUCCAUCAACUCUUGGUGGAUAUUGAUGCCGAAACAGGUCCAAGUCGAGCAGCAGAGCUGCUAGCGGGACUGGGAUUCUCUACCGAAGACCAGGCUCGGCCGACUAAGGCGUUCUCUGGAGGAUGGCGAAUGAGACUCAGUCUGGCAAGAGCGCUGUUUUGUAGACCCGAUCUCCUACUUCUUGAUGAGCCUUCGAACAAUUUGGAUCUCAACGCUCUUGCCUGGCUUGAAGAUUAUCUCCAAACCUGGCCGGGAUCUUUGCUGGUGGUUUCCCACGAUCGUGCUUUCCUAGACGAAAUCGCUACCGACAUCAUUCACCAACACUCGCAACGACUAGACUACUACAAGGGAAACUUCACCCAGUUCUACGCAACCAAGUCCGAGCGAGCCAAGAACCAGCGUCGAGAGUAUGAAUCCCAGCUCCAAUACCGACAACACUUGCAAGCUUUUAUCGAUCGAUGGCGAUAUAAUGCUAAUCGGGCAGCUCAAGCCCAGAGCAAAAUUAAGAUCUUGGAGAAGUUACCUGAGCUGGAGCCACCCGAGGAUGACGAUGUCGUCCACUUCAAGUUUGCACCCACCGAUAAACUGACACCCCCUCUUCUCCAACUAGAGGACUGUUCGUUUGGCUAUUCUGCUGACAAGCCAAUCUUGAAACAUGUGAAUAUCGAUGUCACCAUGGAAAGCAGGAUGGGAUUGAUUGGUCCUAACGGUGCAGGUAAAUCGACCCUGCUGAAGUUGCUCAUUGGAGAUCUCCAACCCAUCGAAGGCCGACAACACCGAAACAGCCGGCUGCGGAUCAGUUAUUUCUCGCAACAUCAUGUCGAUCAGCUAGAUCUCAACCUCUCCCCGGUCUCGUUUUUAGCGGCCCGGAUGCCGGGGAAGUCCGACCAAGAGUACCGUCAACAUCUCGGGAGUUUCGGCCUGACCGGUCUGACGGGCCUGCAACAGAUCUCGACCCUAUCUGGGGGACAGAAGAGUCGAGUGGCCUUCGCCCUGCUCAGCUUGCAGCAGCCUCACAUAUUGGUCCUCGACGAGCCCACCAAUCAUUUGGAUAUCGAGGGGUUGGACGCUCUCAUGGACGCCCUCUCCAAAUGGAACGGUGGCGUUAUCGUCGUCUCUCACGACAGUCGGUUCAUUCAUAACGUCUGCAAGGAGUUAUGGGUCGUCGCCUCCCAAAAAGCUGAAAAAUUCGUCGGGGAUGUCAGCGCAUACAAAAGUCUUAUUGUUGCUAACCAGAAAACUAAACCAACUUAG